ACCGUGAAUUUGCAUUUACGGUCCAGAUUGACACCAAUAACCCCUCCGUCGAUGUCGUCUUCGCAGUUAGGACAUACCCCUGAUCAAGAUUCAACAAGAUCAACGCUGCAAUCAUGCCUCGAGUGUCUUGAUCGACACAAUGACAGGUUAAACAUUGUUUACAAGGAAAUCAUAGAGAUUCGCACCCUCAUUACAGAGCUUCUUGCCGGCGUCCAGUCAGAAGUCACCGUGACGGAGUCGGGCACGCUGGAUGACAGCGCUUACCUCCGAGCAAUCGUCGGUGAUGACCCUAAGACCAUCGCGCCAUUUGCACUCGAUGAGCUCGAUGAUAUUUCACCGCUGUUGCCACUAGCGUUACAUGGCCAGUUUUCGGACCAAGGGUACGGUCCUUUGGAAUCUGUCGGGGAUAUGGGAUCACUGCUAGAGGAUGCAGAUCCUCCCUUCAGUCAAUGUUCCCAAGACCGCGACACCGCUGGCUUCAUUAGCCACAAACUCGGUGCAAAAUCCUUCCUCCACCAACAUGACAUGUACCCUGAGGGGCAGACCUUGUCAGGGUCUUCAUCCACACAUGACCAACGAUUCCCUCCCCCCAUUGUGCAGAUUAGCCACAAAGUAAAGUGCACCUGGCCCGGAUGCACGAGGUUCCUCAAGAAGGAUGGCCUCACCCGCCAUGUGAACGAGACACAUCGGCGGAAGGUUAAGGCUGUCUGCGCUGUCUGUGGAAAGAAAUUCACGCGCCCGUAUUUAAAGAGGAAUCAUAUUUGCCUGGCGGAGAUGUAG